AUGGAAAUACAUGAAAUAUUAUUUUGGAAAGUUUUUAAAAAUAAAUUUAUAUUAAAUGAAAUAUUUUAUCAAAUUCACAGCAAUCAAUGGGUAGAAUAUGAUGAAUCAAAUAAAUAUAAUGUUACCAAUAGAUGUAAAUUUGGAAACACUCACUUCUUACAAAUAAUGAUAAAAAACGAUCUACUCUCAUUAAUUAAAGAUAAAAUCAAACAUGGUGAUCAUAUAGAAAUUACUCCCUCUUCAAUAAAAGAACUUUUCUCAAAAUUAUCAAAAAUAAAACAACCAUCAAAUAAUAAUAAUAAUAAUAAUAAUAAUAAUAAUAAUAAUAAUAAUAAUAAUAAUAAUAAUAAUAAAAAUAAAAAUAAAUAUAAAGAUGAAGAUUAUUUAGAAAUUAUUGAAUUAUUAAUGAAACAUAGAAGAGAUGAAUUUGAAAUUUAUGAUUUAAUAAAGAUAGCAGUAGCUACUUUUUCACCAGAUGUUAUUAGAUUAUUAGUUAAUGAACCAUAUUCAGUUAUAAUUUAUCCAACAACAUUUGAAUUUGCAAUUAUAAAUUCAAAUUUAGAAACAAUUAAAGAAUUAGUAAAUUUAGAACCAAUAAAUUUUAAAAAUUAUGGUAUUAAAUUAAUAACAGAACAAUUCAAAAGAAAAUCAUUAUCAUUAGCAACCCAAAGAACAACUCUUAAAACUACAAUCACUGAAUACAUUUUUAGUAAUCCAUCACUACACUCAAUACCACCACCAUUAUCACUAAUAAUAAAUAAUCAACAAGACCCAUCAACAAAUAAAAGAUUAAAAACAUCUGAAACUUUACUUUCAAAUUCAAAUAAUAACAAUAACAACAAUAAUAAUAAUAAUAAUAAUAAUAAUAAAAAUAAUAAUAAUAAAAAUAAUAAUGAAGAAAUAAAAUAUGAAUAUAUUAAAUUUUAUGACUUUUUAAAAUUAAAAUCAAGUAAUUUAUUAAAAUCAUUUAUGGAAUUAGAUAUAGUUUUAAAAGGAUUAAAAAAGAAAUUAAAUUCAUUUAUUAAAAUGUAUCAUCCAUAUGAAAGAUUACAAAUUGAUAUUAGAAUUAUACUAAAGUAUGGAGAUACAAUUUCAGAUAUAAAAAAAAGAGAAGAGAUUUUAGAAGAAAUGAAUCAAAUUGAUACAAAUAAAAAAACAGGUUUUAAUAAAUUAAAACAGUUAAGAAAAUUAGUAGCAAUAGAAUUCCCAAAUCAAAAAAACUUUUAUUACUAUUAUUGGAAAGCAUAUGGUGAUAAAAUUAAAGAACUUGGUAAAGUACCACCAAAAAUUCCACCUCAAAACACAACUGAUGAAAUUUUUGAAUACCUUUAUUCUGAAGAAUAUUUAAAUCAAUUUAAUGAUGAUGAUUAUGGUGAUGAUGAAGAACCACAAAAUAAUAAUAACAACAAUAACAAUAACAAUAAUAAUAACAAUAUUAUUAUUAUUAAUAAUAAUAAUAAUAAUAAUAAUAAUAAUAAUAAUAAUAAUAAUAAUAAUAAUAAUAAUAAUAAUAAUAAUAAUAAUAAUAUAAAUAAUAAUGAGAUAGAGAAUGAAGGAGGGAAUAUUCAAGUUGAAAAUGAAGGAAAUGUUGAAGAUAUGGAUGGUGAUGAAUUAUUAGAGCAAUUAGAGACAGUAGUGAAUGAUGGUGAAUCAGAUUCUGAUAGGGAAUUUAAUAAUGAAGUUGAUGAAGAAAAGGGAGAUACAAUUACUAUUAAAAGAGAAUAUAUUAAUAAUUUUAAUAAAUAUAAAAAAGAAACAGUUUAUAAUAUAUCCAAUAGAUAUUCAAAUUCUACCAAUUUAUUUUUGGAUUCAAUUAGGGAAUGUGAUAUUGAAACCUUAGAAAAGAUAGAUCAACUCCAUAAUUUAGAGUUUAAAUUGGAUGUUUCAAGAUUUCAUUAUUUUCAAUUACCAAAAGAAAGAAAAGAUAUAAUGAAAGUUUGGGAAUACUUUAAUCAUCAUGGAUUUAAACAAUUUGGGUCAAGUCAAAAAGCUUUUAUUGAAUUUGUUUCAAGUGUGGCAGAUGUGAUAUCACCACUUUCAGAAUUGAAAAUAACAAAUACUUGUAAAUCAAUCUCUAGAAACUAUGAUUUUAUAUUAUAUAGAACAUUAUUUAGAAAGAAAUUUAAUGUUUUCGAAUUACUUUUAAGACAUUCCACUCUUUCUUGGUUUCCAUUUUUAGAGAAUGAUCAAUUCUUGGAGAUUUUAAAUCAAGAAAAGGUGAUAUUCAAUCAUCAAUGUGAAGUGAUUCAAUUUGAUAAUAAAUAUCUUGAUCAAAUAAUCAGAUUAAUUGAAUUCAGUGUUGGGAAAUUUCAAUUGGUUGAAAAAGCUAGAGAUCAUUUAUUGGCACAAGGAUUUCAAGUUGGUAUUAGAAUUGUAAAUUAUUUAUAUGAUGAAUUAAUUAGAAUUAAAGGUGUGACAAUAGAUCAAUUAGAAUAUGUUAGAUCAAUUAUUCCAAAGGAAGCAUUAAAUACACCAUAUGAAAUCUAUCGAGUUUUCUUUUAUCUUAAUAUCAGAUCUCCAAAAUUAACAAGAUACAUAAUGUAUAGACCUGCAACCAUUGAAUUCAUAUCAACCUCUGAAUUAUUUAUUAGUCAUUAUAAUUGUAGUGAUCCAACAACAAUUGAUGAAAUUGGUUUUGAUUUUAAAAAAUAUUUAAAUUUAGAUAUAUUCACAUAUGAUUAUAUAUUAGGUAGAGAGAAUAUUAGAAAUGUUUCUAUUAAUAGUAGUAGUAUUAGUAGUAGUAGUAGUAGUAGUAGUAGUAGUAGUAGUAGUAGUAGUAGUAAUAAAAGAUUUAUAACUCAAUUCGAUACAAUAUUAAAAGAAUUAAUGAAACAAUUAUCACAUGAUAUUUGUACAAACAUUAGUAAUAGAGAUAAUAUUGUUCAUGGUCAAGAUUUCUUUAAUCACUCAUUAAAUGCAGAUUUAAGAUUUAGUUUAGCUAUUGGUAGAAAGGAUUUAUUUUGGGAAUUAUUAGAUUGGAUUCAACAAUAUAUAAAUAAAAAUGAAAAUUUAAUGAAGUAUCAAGUUUAUCAAUUUAAUUCACCAUAUGAAUCAUUAUUACCAACUGGUAGUUUAUUUUCAAAUGUAAAAACAAUUAUAAAAGAAUUACCAACGACAACAACAACAACAACAAGAACAAGAACGACAACAACAUCAACAACAACUGAAACUAAAAUAUUAAAAAUUGAUAAUUUUGAAAGACCAAUACCGAAUGAAUCAACAAUUCAAAUUGAUUGGAAUGAAAAUAAAUUAAUUGGACCAUUUAAACCAAUUCGUAAACUUAUAAAUUCAUUUAAAUAUAUUGAUAUUGUUAUGAAUUCAAUUUGUAAAUUAAUGGAUGUAAAUGAAUUUCAAAGAUUUAUUCAAUAUAAUUUCUUUGAAUCAGAUUUUCAAUUUACAAUUUAUUCAUAUGCAGUAUAUAAUAAUAGAGAUGAUUUAAUGUCAUUCCUAUUAAAUAAUUAUAUUAUUGAAAUUGAUAGAUUCCCAUUCUUUCAUCCAGAAAGAGGCUAUUCACAAUAUUUAGAAUGUAAAUUCAUCUUUGAAAAUCAUUUCGAAAGAGUAAAGAAUCUUUCAAAUUUAACUUUGGAAUGGUGUGAAAGAAGAGAUUUAGAUUUCUCAUUCUCUCUAUUGAAUGAUUUUAUUAAAUAUCUUUGUAAAGCAAAGCAUAUAACAACCUAUAAUCAGUUUAUUCAAGAUGAUAAUUUACAAAUUAGAAAUAAAAUUAUUAAAGAAAUAAUUGAAGAAUUAAAGAAACAAUAUGACUCGAUCUUAGAUGUAGUUGAAGAUGAAGAUAUUAAAAAAGAGAAUAUCGCAUGUCUAUUAAAAAAUCAAAAACAUAAAGUUUCACUCAUUCAAUCAAUUAUUGAACAACCAGAUACUCAAUUAUACUUUAAAUCAACUUUAGAAAAAAUUAUAUUAGAAUUAAAAGAGAAAAGAAAAAUUAAUGAAAUUAAUUCUCCAUUCAUUAAAGAUGAUCAAAAUCCAUUCUUGGAUUCUUUUAUUCAUGGUGAUAUUAAAACUUGUAAUAUCAUUCUCAAAUAUUAUCCAAAUCAAUUUAAAUUCACUACAAGUUCAAUCACUAAGGCAUUAGGAUUAGAUAAAAUUCAUAUUAUUAAAUAUUUUUAUAAAGUUGAUAAUUGUAAAAAUUUAAUUAAUAAUUUUAAAAAUGAUAAUAAUUUAUUAAAACAUUUAAAAAAUGAAUUAUUAAAACAUCCAGUUUAUAAAUAUCAUUUAACUUGGUUAUAA